AUGGAUGGUAACCCUUACCCUCCUCCUUAUGGAAACGUGGCUCCACCUCCUCCUAUUCAAGUCCCUGAUGAUAAUCAGUUUGUUGUGUCCUCCUCCUCAGCAACCCCAACCCCAACUGGAUCAUCAUCAUCUCCAAUAAUAAGUGAACGUCAUGCCACCGUGCGUUACCGUGGAACCCGUUCUCGGAGUGGGAAAUGGGUGUCUGAGAUACGUGAGCCACGUAAAACGACACGCAUUUGGCUCGGAACAUACCCAACAGCUGAAAUGGCUGCAGCUGCUUAUGAUGUUGCUGCUCUCGCUUUGAAAGGCCCUGACACUCCUCUCAACUUCCCCAAUUCCAUUCUCUCUUACCCGAUUCCUGCUUCCUUAUCUGCAUCUGAUAUACGUGCUGCUGCUGCUGCUGCUGCUCAAGCUAGGCAAGUGAACAUGACACCACAACAACAAACUGCACAAGGAGGAGGACAACCACAACAACAACAACAACAGUACCCUUUUUCUGCACUUGAGAGCUCUUCCAGUGGACAAGUUGAGCAAUACAUUGAUGAAGAUGAGCUUCUGAACAUGCCGAAUUUGCUUGAUGAUAUGGCCAGGGGAAUGCAAGUUAGCCCUCCCAGGAUUACUUCCUUUUCUUCUGAUGAUUCUCCUGGGAAUUCUGAUGGAGAUAACCUUUGGAGUUAUACUUACUGA